GAACACGCCCGCAACAGUCCCGGGAAGAGUGGUCGUGACGUCAACCGCGUGCCGCUAUAUCUGCAGUGGGGAUAGCCCUGUCUGCACAGUCUGCGUGUCGGCGUGCUACUGCCAUGUUGAACCUGAAAGCGGUGCUAUUGCUGACGCUGGUGGGAGUGGCAAUGUCGCAGUAUCAGUCGUUCUACGCAGGGAAUGGCUGGCCACCUCAGCCGGCGGCCUCUGACGACGGUAUCGGCAACCGUGUUGGUGAAGCUCCCGGAAAAGCUCAAUCGCCCGACGAUCUGAUCGCGUCUCGGGUUGGCGCAUGGCCAGAGGAGCGACAGCCGUUUUGGAAACUUAACUGGGAUCAGAUCCAGAAGCACAUCGGGCGACCGCAGCCAGAGCCGCAGCGCAAGUCCGCGGCUCCGGCGCAGCAGCAGGUCGGCCGUCCCUGAGUCCUCACUCGCCGGUAGCACUCAGCAUUCCACAGCAUACGCCGAUUUCCCAUACCGAAUAAACGGCGUCGGCUCUAACAAUCUUAUUCAUCCAUAUAGACUGUUUACCAAAGUUUAACUGAAUCACUUCAUGCAAAUGUCAGGUUGGCACCAUUAUAUAUGCCAGGGCCAACAUUCUUCAACUUUUUUUUAUCUAACUUACGUUGUGCUCCAUCUCUAAUGACUACUCUGCCGACGAGACAUUAAAUUGUCAUUUCUCCUCAUUACCUCGUUCCCCAUUAUACAUUAUUUACACGCAGUAUUAUAUUUGCAUUGUAGAGCUCGUUUGCUUUACGUUAGGUUGUGCUUAAAAUGUUUUGUUAUUUCAUGGAGUAUGUCAAUAAAAGUGGUGUUGUAAUUUG